CUUGAGACUUGGAUUUGUUCAAAUGUGCUCCCGUGUGUCGGUGAAGAAACUUCUUUUCCCAAUCUGCACUAUAUCGUGAGAGUUUAUUAGUAUAUUUCGUGUGCGGUUUGGGUGUUUGAGAGUAAUUUGACCCAGAAUCCGCGGAAGAGAAGUUGUGCGAAGACAUUGGAGACGGAGUUCAUAUCCUGAGGAUUACUUCAUAUGCAGAAAAGGAGGUGGAAAAUAGUGAAGAGGGUGUGCGAGUGUGUGUGUGUGGUUUGUGAACUUGUGACAUAAGCAGGAUUACCCCGUAUCAAGGAUAUACAUUUGGAAUACUUGCUGCAGCAUUCCUCAGCAUCGCAUGGUGUUUGUCUCUCAGUGCCUGCACCUAUGGUGGUUGUUUUAAGAUAAAUAAUUGGCAGAGUGCAGAGAUUUUAAUCUCAGAGUGGCUGGUUUUUUCUUCUCCGCCUAAGAGCAAGCAUUCUGCAAUUUUUAUGACGUUACAACCAUUCAUAAUAUGUGAAUAUUUUAUGCAGAUUGAGAGACACGACAAAGUGGCUAGAAUUUAUUGCGCGGCUUUUUCGGUGGGAUUCCUACACUAAAAAUUGACUGUGCAAAAUAAUAAUAAAAGAAGUUGUGCGCGCGAGAAGGAAGAAAAAAGCCGUGUGUUGUGAUCUCCUCUCGUUGAUCAAAUUCUAAAUAUAUCAACGCACUGCACAAGUCUCCAAUAAACUCUGCUGUGGCUGCUGCGCGAGAUCGACGGCAAUGUGGAUCACGCACUUUUCUCUCUGCACCGCGUCAGUGUCUCAGAAAGUGCUGUGGAUCGAGUAAGAGAGUCCAAUUGAGAGCUGACGAAGUGAGAGCCAGAAGUAGGAGUUGUUUGAUUGGGACUCUGUGUCAUCGGCCGUCAGUGAGAGACGCUCGUCGUCUAUUUUAGGGGUGUGUUUUAGGGACAAAGGAGCGCGGAGAUCCCAGACACUCGAAUUCUCCUCACAAAUCAACUCAGGAUUCUCCACAGUCGACAAAGUGGUCGAUGAGGACAAGAGCGUGUGUCUUGAGACAAGAUGUGAUCAAAAGUGACUAAUAUAUUUAGUGUGGCGGAAGAAGUUGAAAGGAAUUGGUGGUAAAAAUACUCCGGAGAGGCGAAAAGACUGUUGUGCGAGAGGGGAACUAUGAGUGAUCAAGAGGAGACAUAUAUUUCUAUUACUGUGUUGUGAUUGAUCACGCAAAAUAUUUUCGUUUUUUAUACACCGUCGCAUAGUAUUCUCUCGAGAAUCUAUUUUCGUGGAUUAAUGACGAUCACCGAAGUGAGAGUGAAUUGUAAGAUCAGCGUAGUGUGUGUCUUCUCACAUAUGAGCGGAUUUCAUGCAAUAUAAUCGCAUAACUAAAGAAUGUACGAGAAGAGCUUGAUGGAAUUGUGUUGAUGUUUUAGCGGAGUGAAUCUUUGAUUUCUUAAUUUCUCUGUGUCAAUUAAUUAAUUAUAUACAGUAAAGAAGAAAGAAAAAACCUAAUAACCGUUAAAGAAAUCUGUCUCUAGAUAGAGGCCUUUUUGCCAAACUAGAUACCGCCAAGAACAAGAAGAGAGAAAAAGGUACUACACAAUUGACACGAGAUCAGCAUCACAGAGACAAAAACUCUCGAAAGAAUCACACAAUAACCGUGCUUGUAAUGUUGAUAAAUCAUUGUGAUAACACUUGACGGUGGAAAAAAAGCAUUAAUUGAUGCAUUUGUAGAGGGACACAAAUGGCAAAGGUGUGAAUAUUAAUUACCAACAAUAAGGAAUUUAAUCAAUCCUUUUAAUCACAAAGUACAAAUCACUAAUCCGUACCCAGAAGAUUGUAAUAAUAGCAUUAUAAAUGGAAGGUGGAGAGAGAUAGAGAGAAGCUUAGAAACAGAUACACAUAUUCACACAAAUACUCAGUUAUAAUAGUGGAAAAUUAGAUACUCAACUCGCAUAAUUAAAUUAACAUAUCGAUAUUAGAUGAGAGAGAGAAACACACCGACAAUUGAGAUUAUAAAACGCACAAUUGCACACACUUAUGGCAACUACUGCUAAGCAGUCCUCAUCAGUGCGGAGUCCAUCAGCAGCAACAGCGACAGAGGGCCAGGAGGACAUAGCGACAAUUGCGAAGCAGAUCUCAGAUCAUGCGGAGGCGAUCUAUCAGACGUGGAAGGCUCGCGGUCUGGCCCCAACGGAGAUAUUGAAUUGUCACACGGGCGGUGACGCGUUUGGGAAGACGCUCACACCAGCAUCAUCAUCGUGUCAGCGUCAGGGGAGGGAUUCACAGUCGCCGGUGGCCGAAUUGUUGGCACAAGCGCCGGACAUGUCGAACAAUAAUUUAGAGAAGUUGGUCAAUUCGUUUGUCAGUGAGGACAAGGCGCGAAUAGCGGCCGCACGUAAAUCAUCAUCACCAUCCCCAAUAGCUGGUAUUGGCUCGAUAAAGCACACAUUGCAGAAAUUCGAGAGUAACAGUGGCAGCAACAGCGUGGUGAGGCCAAAAUUCGCGCGCACGCCGAGUCCACAGCCGAGUGGUGGUGUAAAUGCCCUGAAUAAGAAUGUACCAGAUGUGCUGAUAGAUACAAUUGAGCCGAAUCUCGCGAAGCGCGAACGUGAACCCAGUCCGCAGAAGCCACAGACACCAGCUAAGCCCGCCAAUUUGAUCAAUCACGUCCCCUCGUGGCCGCUGAAGAAUCGCGUGGUGGUGGGAAAAAGUGGCAAUUCGGGCCAGGUGAAUCGCGUGGAGGAUGACACACCAGCGUCCACGGCGGUGGCGCUGGUGAGGAAGCAGCAGCAAGAGAGGCAGGAGAAGCAGGACAAGGAGGCGAAGAAGAAGACGGCCGACCUCAUGGAUGAGGUGACGCGCGAGGAGGAGCGCCUCAUCAAUGCCCUCAAGACUGGCACGGUGCUGAACAGUGAAAAGAGUCUUCCUGAGGUCAUCACGUCCACUCUCAGUCCGGACGUGACGGACGGCCAGCAACAAUCUGGGGAGUUGCCACAGUGGAACAACUCCGAUCUGUCCGGACAUCCACCCAUCGAUGCCUCUCAUGCCAAAGUGUGGAAUAAUACAGCAGCGGCGGCCAAGCCAGUGAUUCCGCAUCUUAACAAUAACAACAAUGUGAUUGGGAAGGACAAGGAGGACACUCCAGCGCCCGUGGUGAAGGUGUUCAAGCCGCGGACGCUGCGCACCACAGAGGCGGCUGUGCUGCCGCACCACUUCCCGGAGCCGCCAGUGCCGAAGAAAAAGGAGCUGAAUCCCAUCAGGCCCUUUCUCACGCGCGGGUCCGUGGCUGAGCGUGUGCUGAUCUUCGAGCGGUGUCCAUCGAAGGCGCCACCGAGGAAUGCUCCCAAGGAGCCAUCGAAGCUUCAGUCAAAAGCAGCACUCCCAAAACCGCAACAGACACACACAACCCUUCAGAGGCAUAUCAAAGGAUCCGUUCGGAGUGUUUAUAUUCCAAGAUUCCACUUUCCGAAUGGAAAACCACCACCUCAGAUCAGUGUCGAGACGACAAUGCAGCGCAUUCAGGCGACAGUGCAUCUAUUUCCCAAUUCACAGAUCCAUCGUGAUGAAUUCCACCAGAUUGUGGCAGUUUGUGGCUUUCCUGUUUACUGGCGAGCGCCACUCUUCAACUGCACACAACAUACGCCGAGCGGCUGUGUCGAUGGCUAUAAAUUUAUGGAUUUCUGGAAGCACAUGUCGCUGAGUUGUCACGACUCCACGUCCAGAUUUGUGUACAUCCUGUCGAAGGGAAAUCGCUCGAGGCAGUACAUCUUGCCGGAGGAUUUGGCUCCGCUGGUGCAGGACGUCGUGGAGACACAUCCGGGUCUGGCAUUCCUCAAGGAGGCCGCGGAGUUUCACUCUCGCUACGUGCACACAGUGAUCGCGAGGAUUUUCUACAGUGUGAACAGAAGCUGGUCGGGCAGGAUAACAGUGUCUGAACUGAGGCGGAGCAAUUUGCUGCAGGUGAUUCAGCUGCUGGAGGAGGAGGAGGACAUCAAUCAGAUCAUGGCGUACUUCAGCUAUGAGCAUUUCUAUGUGAUCUACUGUAAAUUCUGGGAACUCGAUCGUGAUCAUGAUUUGCUCAUUGAUCAAAAUGAUUUGGCACGACACAACGAUCACGCGCUGUCGCUCAGAAUGAUUGAGCGCAUCUUCUCGGGCUGUGUCACGCGCGGCGGCAUCAAGAAUCGCAAUGUGGGCCCCAAUGGGCCACGGAUCACGUACACGGACUUCGUGUGGUUCCUGCUGUCCGAGGAGGACAAGUCCAAUCCCACGGCCAUUGAGUACUGGUUCAGGUGUAUGGAUCUCGAUGGGGAUGGCAUUCUGUCCAUGUACGAGCUGGAGUACUUCUACGAAGAGCAACAGCAGCGAAUGGAGUCGAUUGGAAUUGAGACGCUGCCCUUUGAAGACUGCAUUUGUCAGAUGCUGGAUAUGAUAAAGCCAGUUCGUCCGGGAUGCAUAACAUUGGGCGAUCUGAAGAAGUGCAAGAUGACUCCGAUCUUCUUCGAUACGUUCUUCAAUCUCGAGAAGUACCUUGAACACGAACAGAGAGAUCCAUUUGCCACUUCUCGCGAUAAUGACGAUAUGUCCGACUGGGAUCGCUAUGCGGCUCAGGAGUAUGAGUUGUUGGUCGCUGAGGAAGGUGGUGGAGACACACAAGGCUCGUACGAUGAAGAAGAUGAAUAUGAAUCAAAUAUUGACAUCUUGGAGUCCCAACUUGAAGACUGCAUGAGCAACAUGAUCAAUGAAUGGUAGUAAGUCGUCAUGAGAAAUGUGCUGUAGUGUCUUUGGCGUGAUCUUCAAAUUUUGCAAAUAAGUUUUAGUAGUGGAAGAGAGAUGAUAUUCUUGUAUAUUGAGAAUAUGAAAUGCAUUUAGUUAUAUGAAUGCUUCUCCACUUAUAAUAAAUAUUUCAUAUGUAGAAAGAGUGCAGAAAGUAAGAGAAGUGAAAAGAGAAGUCAGUGCGAAACUGUUGAAGAGAGAUAAAAUUAAUAAUUUGGUAUAAUUCGAAUUUAAUGAUAGUGCGGAAAAUUUAAGUUGUAAUAUUAGGCAUUACGCAUGACGAAGAACAAAAUAGUGAAUACAUAUAUAUUUUAGUGUGUGUGAUAAAAGAUAUUUUGCAACAAUAAUAACUUGAUAAACUCCAUGAUAUGAAAAGAGAAAUUGUCUCGGAGAAGUUAGUUUUGAGAGCUCAUUUUAUCAAAUUUUGAAAACGCAGUCGAGAAGAACCAAAAUGCCUGGUGCUAAGUUUGUUUUUUCGAAUAUGAGUCUCUUUUCAUUUCUUACCAUCAAUGCGAACAAUAUCAAGAGCUUUAAUCUGGUAGAAAGCAAAAAUACGAAUUGAGCUCAAUUUAUGUAUGUUUAGGGCCUCUUAACAUCUUCUAUUGUAAUAUAUUUUCAUCCAAAAUUCGGUUUAUCUUUAGUACACGUGAAGAAGAAUGGAGAAAAGAGAAAUUGUAAAUUGAACGGACGUUUUUAUAUAGAAAUUUUAGGCGAUAACUUAUGACACUUUGUGUAGGACGUUUAAUUGUAUACGUGAAAGUGUGGAAUUAAAUAUUAGACCUUAAAGUUGCAUAAGAGAAUUGUAUGGAUUAUGAAAAGCAGCAUUGAUAAAGUAUUAUCUUGAUGAUCCUUAAAUUUUCCGUAUAUAGAAAUUUUUACAAUGAAAAAAAGUGGAAAUAAAAAUGAAAUCACAAGUCUUCUGAGAACAAGAAAAGAGAAGUAAUGAAAUGAGCAUUGUGGAGUCUGCUUGAGAAUCUCUCUCUCUCUCUCUCUAUCUCUCUUAACUGAAGUAGAUAAUUUUGUAAAGGAAAAACCAAACAAUUUUAGAGAAAAAAAACAUAAAAUAGAUUCAAUAAGAACAAAUACAUAGUAAUAGACGGAGAGGAAAAUCAGUGAACUAAACUCAACAAACUACUUGAGAAAAAAGCACUAGGAGUGAACGUAGAGAAGUGUAUAUCAAUUUUUAUAAACUGCAGAAAUUAGUGAAAUAUUUUUGGCAUGAAAGAGAGACAGAGUUGAAGACAAACGUGGCGGAAGUCAGAGGGACAUGAAAUGGCAAGAUGAGCGAUAAGGAAGUUUACAAAUACACCAAAACUAAUUAACUCUAGUUAUUUGCAACUAUAAUCUAGUCCUAUUGUGCUAAUAAUAAAUUAUAGACCUCUUAAGAGAAUAAUUGCAAGAGCGAAAAACAGUAAAGGAAAAUCCUAUAGGCAAGAAAUGUGCGGAAGAAGGAGUAAAAUUAACAUAUAAUCUUCGUAAUUUUCAUUUAAUUUAUUACUUGUGUUUCAUUAAAAAUUAAGGAUAAAACCCAUCCUUGACAAUUUUGUGUGUAGAAGAGCUACAAAAUAUAACGUUAAAGUUAUUGUUUUUAUCUUAUAACUCUUAAUUUCAUAAAUUUAUGUUUUCUUUUUCGUAUAGAAAGGAAAGAAAGCGUACAACCAUGAGCUUGAAUCAUCAAUUUGUGCUAUUUAAAGGAUAUAUAAUUUAUAUAAUGAGAAAUUUACGUAUGACUUUGUCCGCCCCUUUUUUAUUUGUGGGAUGAACAGAGAUGAAAGUGCGAAAGAGAGAUAAAUCUAUUAUUGCAAACUAUACAGAGAAUCUAAUAAUUAAAUUAUUAAUGUUAUAAUUCAUCUCUUCUUUUUAGUUAGGAGGAAAAACUGUUGAACAAUUUUUGUAGAAUGUAUAAAUUUAUUUCCUAUGUUAAAAUCAUACUCAAAGUGAAAUGAUUACCCAAUAUUUCUAUGUGUGGGUGGCGAAAAAAGUGUCCCUCUUGAGACAUUUUUACUUAAAGAAGGAGCAGAGACAAGAACACAAAGGUGGAAUUUGUAAUACUGAUUAAAUUUUGUGUUAAAUGAGGAGACAUAAUAAAGAGGAACAAGAAAGUAAA